GACAGUUUCCUCUUUGGCCAAGCUCUGCCUUUGUGCAACCCUGAGUGGGUCACUGAAAGCUGCAGCUGCAGCCCAGAACCUGAGAUGGAGUCCCUGCUCUGGCCCAAGGCUGCCAUGCCCCACCUGGGCUGGCUGGCUCUGCUGCUAUGGGUCUCAGCCCUGAGCUGUUCUUUCUCUUCGCCAGCUUCUCCCCCUCCUUCUCUGGUGCCCCAAGUCAGAACCAGCUACAAUUUUGGAAGAGCUUUCCUCGGUCUUGAUAAAUGCAAUGCCUGCAUCGGGACAUCUAUUUGCAAGAAGUUCUUUAAAGAAGAAAUAAGGUAUGACAACUGGCUGACUUCCCAUCUCGGGCCACCUCCUGAAGACUUGCCUUUCUACUCUGUGAAUUACUCAGAUGAUUCUAAAACCUGGCGCCCUGUGGAGAUCUUUAGGCUGGUCAGCAAAUACCAACAUGAGAUCUCAGACAGAAGAAUCUGUACCUCUGCCUCAGCCCCAAAAACCUGCAGCAUUGAGCGUGUCCUACGGAAAACAGUGAGGUUCCAGAAAUGGCUGCAGGCUAAACGUCUCACACCAGACCUGGUACAGGGUCUGUCCAGUCCCCUCCUGCGCUGCCCAUCACAACGACUCCUGGACCGGGUGGUCCGGCGCUAUGCAGAGGUGGCUGACGCCGGCAGCAUCUUCAUGGACCACUUCACAGACCGCGACAAACUGAGGCUGCUCUAUACAUUGGCCGUCAACACUCACCCCAUCCUCCUACAGAUCUUCCCUGGAGCCGAGGGAUGGCCACUACCCAAGUACCUGGGCUCCUGUGGCAGAUUGUUUCUCAGCACCAGCACCAGGCCUCUGCAGGAAUUCUACGGUGCACCCCCAGAUCAGGCAGCUGACCUUGCCUACCAGCUCCUCAGUGUCCUGGAGUCUCUGAGGAGCAAUGAUUUGAACUAUUUCUUCUACUUCACCCAUGUUGACGCAGGCGUGUUUGGCAUCUUUAACAACGGGCAUCUGUUCAUCCGGGAUGCCAGCACACUGGGCAUCAUUGACAAGCAGGAAGGCAGCCAAGCAGCCGCCAGGGCAGGAGAGAAUAAAGACAUAUUUAGCUGCCUGGUUUCUGGCUGUCAGGUUCAGCUGCCCCCCUGUGACUCCAUCCCUGAGAAGCAGAGUUUGGUGCUAGUGUGUCAGCAGUUGCUCCCUCGACUUCUCCAAGGAAAAUUUCCCUCCCCGGUGCAGGAAGAAAUAGACUCUACUCUUGCUCAGUGUGGAGAGGACACCCACCCAGACUCUGAAGUCCUUGGGGCUGGCAGCCGACUAAAGGACAUCUUGAGGCCUCUGAGAACCUGUGACCCCAAGUUUGCCUACCGCUACCCAGACUGCAAGUAUAAUGAUAAAUUCUGAGAGGCUGGAGCUGAGCUGGCCUCAGAGGACAGCAUGCUGAGCCUUCCAUUUCCACGGUUGGGUCAUUCCAAGAUUCACAAAACUGCUUUGUUUUAAUCUUAAGGAGAAAUGCACAUCGAUUUUCCAGGGACUGAGGAACACUCCAACUACCAGAGGGGAGCUAGACAAGACCAUGCAACUGCCCUGCUGGCCAGGACAGCAUGGUAGAGCCCAGGGACACACUUCAGAGUACCUGGGUGCGGACACUCACUGGAUGUCUUUGAGCCUCAAUUUCCUUUCUUCUGCACCAUACUCUUGUGGAGGUGAAAGAAGACUGAGAACCACAGGUUUGGAUUCUCUGGUGGGCCUGAAAACAUACCAGCCAUGUGCAUGCUGCCCAAGAUUCUGACCAGUUGGAGGACUGGGGAGAGGGAUCCCAGAAUGACAAGACCUUGUUGAGUGUCUUCUUUCUCCCUCUCAUGCAUAUGCGUGUGCUCUAUAAAAAAAAAAAAAAAAAGAAGAAGAAGAAGAAGAAGAAGAAGAGAGAGAAAUGUGAGGGGGACUUGGGACAUAUGCUCACUACCCCCAGCCAUGUGGUUUCAAAGUACAUUCCAGAAGCAUGCACAUGCCAGGAGGCUGAUGUGAAGGGAAGACAGGGCUACUGGCUUCUACCACGUUAUACUUGGACAGGAGGGCUCCCCUUCCUGCUUGCUGUGUGCCCUGCUGCACCGCCACACCAUCAUGGGGUAAGAAGACUACAGGACCAGGGAAGUGCCAUCUACAACAUGCUUCUGGCUCCCCACUACUUCUCUCUGGGUGCUGGGACUCCAUACACAUUCAAGUGAGGCAUCUCAUGAUAUGGGAAGGAGCUGGGAGAAGAAGAGAAGAGGACCUUCUGGAAGCCAGUGUACAAGUCCAAGUCCUCUAAGAAACUGCAUGAAGACAGGAUUAAAUGACUCCAGUUCAAGACUUUAAAAACUAUGCAAAUUUUCAUUCAAACUUGCUUGUCAGGGUUAACCAACAGAAGAUAUUUUACUCAAGUUCAUUAGUUUGCUUCACGCCUUUUAAAUAUUUAGUCACGUGGUAUGGGGGCCUCCAUGUAUACUCUUGCCCCAGUCCCUUAAAUAGUAGUGGGAGUUCUUCUGGACCUUUGUCCAGCUUCGCUGACAGCCCUCUAUCCCCAGGGACUUCUCAUUCUACCUCCUCUUUACUACCUCUAAAUCAGCUCCUUUAAGGUCAGAACACGUGGCCUAGCAGGCUUCACUAUACAGAUGGGAAAACUGAAGCUCAGAAAGGAAGAAUGAUUUGUUAGAAUAGUUCCAGAACCCCCCCCCCUACCAGUCCAUGCUUCUCUUGCCUUCUAUAUUAGCCUCUGAAUCUCACCCUCUACUACCCAACUCUGGUCCUUUUUUUCACAUUUAAAAAUAGACCCCCAAAAAAGCCCAAUUUUGUGGUGUACUAGGUUGCCUUUGGGGUUUGCCUUUCAACUGCUCUAAGAGCUGACAGUGACAAUGCAAAUGAGGCUUGUGGAAGAGCAGGUUUGGUUGCCUAAAAAUACAGAAGAUGGCUGUCUUCUGCUUUUGUUUGGAGAGUGACUAUUGCCUACCAUUCCCAUCUGGACAGUCGCCAUUCAUUCUCCCUGCUGGCCUGAUUGCAGCAAUGUCCACCCAGCUAGCCACCUAACUAGGGCCCAGGAAAGACACCACAACCCCCUAGUUAUUCCAGAGCUCCACAUGGAGAGAGAAUUGCCAUAAAGCCUCUGAUGCACGAACCAGGCCCCCACCUACAUCUUUCAGUCUAGGUGAUUUUCCACUACAAAAUGCUUUGUUGAAAUAAGGGAUAUUGAAUGAGAUCCCCAAAGAGCCCAGAAAUGGUCCCUGCAUGAUGUCAGCACAUGCCCUGAGAUAAUUAUCUUAGACAGUUAUCUUGAGUUAUCCUGUGGUUAACAGAAAUAACUGGUGGAAGGCAGAACUUUCAGCAAAGCAUGGUCUGCAUCCAUUGGUUUUCUCUUUCUCUGCUUUUCUGGUCCCACUCUAAUGACAUUAUCACACCCAAAGGCCCCACCCUGGAAAACCAUGAAAAGGAUUCAGUUUUCACUUAUCUAACCUUUACAACACAAUCAAAUCCCAAAAUGUGAAUUUCUGGAGGAUAUCCAGUCACCAUCCAUUAAGACCAAAUUCCCAAACAAGAAACUUCAGAGGACAAAUCAGGGCCCAAACCAUAAUAAACCCACCUCUAAUCCUUCAAGCACAUGUCUGCUCACCUGCCCAGGUGUGGGUGGGGCAAGCACUUGCUCCUCCUCUCCUUCAGACCAGUCAUCUGAGACUCAGGAAUAUUACCUUAAAAUCAUCUUGUUAUCCCUGGAGCUGCUGAGUAUGGGCAGGAAAUAAAAGCCCAGGUCCCUCCUGAAUCUGGAGGAUAUCUUGUGCCCUGCUUGACUGAAAUUCAGUAGAGAGUAAAGAACAAGACCACCAAAAUGUCCUCUGGGAGGUUGUUGGGAAAUUUGGUUUUGGUACAAAUUAUAACAAAACUCUGUGUGUGCACGCAGCUGUGUUCACAUCACAGUAUAGGCAGAACUAACAGAGGCAGCCCAGAGCUUAGACAGGGCCCACAUAUGUGUAGGAAUGGCCUAACAUGGCUCCCCAGCUAGCAACUUUUUCAGGUUCAGGAAGUUACAGAGUCUCUGUUCUCAUACCCUUUCAUGACAGAGCAAAUAUGUUGUUCUCGUCAACACACCUGAGGACAAAGGGCCUCACUCAUGUCCUCUGUGCAGUGGACACAGCACUGAGCUGCCCAGAUCUCUUUUUAAGGAAGAGCUCUCUUCCCAGCUCAAGGGUGUGGAUGGCAAGCAGCUUUAGCUGCCAGCCUUUUUGGGCUAUGCCUCAGCCACACAGAGCUGCUUCACUUGAGGGCACAAUCUUCCUAGGGCACAUGCAUAGCCAGUGACAAGGCCUGGCAAGUUAUGAAGGCCUGGCCCUUUUAGCCCUCUGAGCAAUAACCCUGGCAGGCAAUUCUCAUUCCAGAACUCCUCACCGAGCUAUUAGAAAUCUUGAGAAGAGAAAAUUAUCCAGGGGAGCUCAAAUGCCAUCACGUGUAUUCUUAUAAGAGAGAGGCAGAGGGCCAGCCCAUGGUGUGGUAGUUAAGGCAGCUGGAUACCACAUGGCCG